CAGCGGUGGAAUCAUGGCGGCCCUGCGCGGAGCUCGAGCUCUGUGGAGCAGAGUGACGGGCAGCGCGAGCGCGUGCAGAGGCAGACUAGGGGGCAGACUGAGGGCGGGCGCGUGCCUCGGGGCAGCGGCGGGAGCGCUUUACUUUUGGUACCAGUGGGGAGCGCGCGGGGCGACAGAGCCACAACACCGGGGGGGACUGAGCCUACUUCCGGCCCUGCGCGCGCGGGGACACGACAAGGAGGAGGAGGAGGAGGAGGAGGAGGAGGCUCGGCCUCUCAACUUUAAGGACAGGGACGUCUCCAUGUCGUCUCACGAGUACCGCUUUCAUCUCUUCAGCUCUGUGGAGUACGAGGGUCAGCUGUACAUGACCCCUCAGAACUUCAUUGAGUCGGUCACCAUGAGCCAACCCCGCAAUAAAAAACCAUGGAGGUCCCUCACGAAACAGGAGCUGGAGAAGAUCUUGGCUGACACUCCUCCAGUGUGGAAAGGAACAUCCAAGCUGUUCCGUAACCUUCGGGAGCGAGGAAUCAUCUCUUACACGGAGUAUCUCUUCCUGCUGUGCAUCCUGACAAAGCCUCAUGCCGGCUUUAAAAUCGCUUUCAACAUGUUUGACGCUGACGGCAACCAGAUGGUGGACAAGCAAGAAUUUCUAGUGCUACAGGAAAUCUUCCGGAAGAAGAACGAAAAGAGGGGAAGGAAGGGGGACACAGAGAAGUCAGCCCAGCUGCACAUGGCUAGCCAUGCUAACUCGCUAACAGCUGUGCCUGUGAUGCCGAACCUUCCGCAGGCGAUGAAAAAAGAGAGCCAAGAAGAGUUUGUGGCACGGAGCUACUGGGACAUGUUGAGACGGGGCGCCAGCCAAGCCCUCUUUUCUGACCUGGCAGAGCGCACAGAUGACGGCAUGACGAUCGACACGACGCUGCUGGUGCACUUCUUCGGGAAGAAGGGGAAGGCGGAGUUAACUUUUGACGACUUCUACAGGUUUAUGGAUAACCUCCAGACCGAGGUGUUGGAGAUAGAAUUUCUGACUUACUCUAAAGGCAUGACCACCAUCAGCGAAGAAGACUUUGCCCGGAUCCUCCUGCGCUACACCAACGUGGAGGACAUCCGUAGCUACUUGGAUAAUGUGCGCCAGAGCAUACCUGACGAAAAGGGCAUCACGUUCGAUGAGUUCAGGUCCUUCUUUCAGUUCCUCAACAACCUGGAGGACUUUGCCAUCGCCAUGCAGAUGUACAACUUCGCCAGCCGCUCCAUCGGACAAGAUGAGUUUGCGAGGGCCGUGUACGUAGCGACGGGGCUGAAGCUCACGCGCCACCUAGUGAAUACCAUCUUUAAAAUCUUCGACGUGGACCACGAUGACCAGCUGAGCUACAAAGAGUUCAUCGGCAUCAUGAAGGACAGACUGCACCGCGGAGCCCGGGUGAACAGUGGGUCCUUCCUCACCUGCAUGCGCUCAGAGGCAGGGCAACACGUCCACCAGCUCUGGAGGCAGUUCCGCAAGAUGGACUAACAUCAUCGUCAUCGUCAUCAUCGCCGCUGUCUUCAGAGGUCUGCUAAAUACAAAGAGAGGCAGCUGCCUCUUUUCAGUCCAGCCUCAACUCUGCAUGUAGCAAAGCCUUGCAUGACUUUCCCUUUUUAAACAGGACGCCUUCCCUCUUUCUCCUAAUGCUUCCACUGGGGCUGGACUGGACUGUACGUUUCACUAAUAAUGCAAUAUGCAACAGCGGUCAGUCAUCUGUACCAGUACAGAACAGUUUCAAAACAAACCAAAAGCCCAGUUCACAUUUAUCUGACGAGACAAUCGAGUGUUAGAACGUUACAGACAGCGCUUUAAAAGAACAUUAUCGCUGAAACCCGCUAGAACAACUUCAUUUUAACCUAGAUAGCACUUGAUAAAGGGAUUAAACCAUCUUCAAUGUAGGAAAGACAACGGUUCUAUAUAGAACCAUGAACCUCUCAAAGAACCAUUGCAUGAUUAAAUGGUUCUUCAGAUUAUUGUAGACUAUGUUGCAUCUGGUUCUA